AUGUUUGAAAAAGUAUUAAAAAAAUUAUGUCCUUGUUAUUUCACACGGUCUGAUGAAAGUGAUUUGACAAGAUAUCCAAAAACUUUGAUUACAAACGAUACGGAUUUAAAUCCAGAAUCUGGGUCGAAUGAAAAAACUUCAAACAGUAGAACUACAUCCGAUUUAAAAAAUGAAUUUAGCAGUACGGAAGGUACAUUUGAAGAAGAUUGGAAAGACUUGAAAAAAACGAAAAAUCGAAAUCAGAAAACUUUAUUAAAACCUCCUUUAUAUUGGAAAAAAACAAUGAAAAAUCUUUCUUCGGAUGGACCUCCUGUAUUCUUAUACUCCAAUCGUAAGAAGAAAACGUUGAAAAAUUUUAAAAAUCAUGUUAUAUAUUCAAAGGUGCCACUUUUAAAACAUGGCGAAACCGGAGGUGACGUCACUUCAUUAACAUCUCCAAACACGGAAUCAAAUUAUUUUAAAGAAGAGAAAAGCGUCAUGACUAUAAAAACGUCAAGUUAUAUUUGGGAAAGUUUUACUAAUUUAAAUUAUGAAAAAUAUUCCAAAUGUCAAAUCCUUUCGGAUGUUUGCCAUGGAAAAUUAUUAUUUACAGCUGCAUAUUAUAAAAAAAAGAAAAUGUGUUUGAUAAACAUUAGCAAAUUAGAAAAUUUAACAAAAAAAGGAAGGGAUAGAAAUUCAUAUUUCUCAAUAAUUAAAUUAUCUAUUCUUCCAUCGGAAAAAUAUAUAAAAUGCAGUAAGAUUUUGAAUAAUUGUAGCAAUCCGGAAGUAAAGCAAGAUUUUAGUUUCACAGUGAAAGAAUUGUCUGGGAAAAUAUUAAGAUUUUCAGUUUUUGAUGCUUCCAUUCAGAGACAAAAUGAAGCCAUAGGUCAUGGAUUAUUUACACUCGAAGAUAUUAAUUUUGAUCAACCUAAAAAAUAUAGAAUAAAACUUUACAAGAGUUCACAGCCCCAUGUCUGUCCAGGUAAUUUGGCUUUGUCAUUGAGAUAUAACAGCGAGCAAAAUAAAUUUACAAUAUUAGUCGAAAAAGGGAAAAAUUUAAGUCUUCAAAAAGAAAAGAAUGUUAAGUUAAACACCUAUGUUAAAGCCACAAUGUAUGUCCUGGGUGAAAAAAUAAAAACAAAAAAAUCAACGGUUUCAAUGGAUUCAAGGAGUCCUUAUUACAAUUGCACUUUUACAUUUCAAGUACGAAAUGAUCAAAUUGAUCAUUUAUCCGUUACUAUAACCGUUAGAUUGAAAGGAUUCGUAAACGAUGUAAUUAUUGGAAAAUUAAAUUUCGGACCUUUUUUUUAUAUGGAUAAUAAAAAAUUAACCCCUUGGGGAAGGGUGUUUUUAAGAAAAGAAGUGGUGCGACAUUGGUAUAGAUUAUAUCUAUGA